AUGUCGAAUUUCUUGUUCGCACUAAGUUCGCUGCUAUCUAGUCUCGCAUUUUCCAGUGCAUCUGUACUUUGCCCAUCCGGAUGUCACUGUCCCACGGAGGAGGUUGCCCAGUGUUGUCUAUUUCCCCCGGAUUUUCCCUCUCCCGUCCAUUGCCACUUCCCCGGAAAGGUACAGAUUUCUUCCAAUUCCAAUUCAAGUCAUCGAUGGCCCGUAGCGGACACGUGUUUAUCCAAAUGGGCAGAUUUAUCUGUCAAGCUGUUUCCGAAAAGUUGGCCCCCUCCAUCACCAAAACGACCAUGCACGGCCCAGCUGCACCGUCUGUCCAUAUCCGGCGGCAGCCUGACUUCUCUAAAAUCAGAGGAUUUUAAGUCUCUCUUUGCUUCCCAAAGUGCAACACUGGAGAUUCUUAUUAUUGAAAACACGAUGCUUGAGAGACUGGAAUCUGGUCUUUUUGACAGAUUGGCCUUAAAAGCCCUCACUGAAAUUCACCUGCGACAUAAUUAUCAUCUGAGUAACCUCGGAUUCGGAGUAUCAGUAUUUUUAAACCUACCUCAACUGGUGACGCUAAAUCUCGAGAGUAACCGGAUCGAGCGCCUGGAAUUCGUACGUUGGGGGUUUCCAAAGCUAAAAAAGAACUCGUCCCCCAGCCGUCUUACUUCCCUCAGUUUGGCCAACAACACUCUGACUUACCUAGGCCCAGGUACCUUUGAUUUGUUCCCCUUUCUGGAAAACCUGUCUCUGGCAAAUAACAGACUUUCUAGCCUUUCAUCGGAUGUGUUCGAGGGACUCACUAGCUUGAAACGACUAGAUUUGUCCGGGAAUCUGCUAAAUCUUCUCGGCUUACAAAAUGCAUAUUUCAGCUUCAGCAUUUCUUUGGCCAAUCUGAAUCACCUUGAUCUCUCGAUGAACCCCCUAAUGCGAAAUGUUCGUGGCGAAUCUACUGAAUGGUGGCUCUCUUCCGGCUGCCCUCCCUCUCUGAGUCAUCUUUAUUUAAAUCAUAUUGAUGUUGAUCUGGGUCAGUGGGUUCCUCUUCUCCCGCCAAUUGAUUGGGCUCGGUGUCAAAGAUUGGUAAAAGUUGAAAUUCAGCAGGUACCGCGACUUCCAUGUCUCCCUGCCGGUUGGCUUCGUUCUGAUGUUCUGCCUACCCAGCCUGAAUUAAUAACCUCGGCAUCUCGAGUCUGUACUCCACCUGGCACCAAACCUACCGCGUCCACCGUCACCACACCCGCAAGCCUCACUAAUGCCAAACAUAACAUCUCGCACACCGCCCCAGUGGCACCUGAACAGCUUGGUUUGCGGGAGCUUAUCAUCAGUUCGAUUGUUGGUGCCGUUUUAUUCAUUCUACUUGUUUUUCUCGUGGUGAUUAUUUUUACUUGCCGCCGAAGACAUUGGCUGUAUGGAGCUCUCAACAAGAAGACCGGAAAGCCAGACACUGUCUUGAGGAGCAGUAGGAAUGAAAGAGCUGUGAUGUCUACUUACAUACCCGCUGUUGAUUGUCAGUUGCCCCUUGUCGAUGACGAAAUUUCUACGGCCACAAUGCGUCAGUCGGAGUCUCGUAUCCUCUACGACGAGAACGGUGUGCCCGUGUGCAGCAUGGUGGUUCCUGAAGUCGGCCACACAACUGCUGUAAUGCUGCCAGAUGGGACACUCGCCUAUGUGCCUCAGUUUACCCCGCUUUCCGGACGAGUCACUCCAUCUAGCCACACCGGUCUUCUCGAAAACAGUCUUCAAGGUUCACGUUUAUUGCUUAAGCACCCAGUCAUGGUGCCCUUCAUGACUAGCCACGCAUCCCUGGCUACCUCACAGAUCGACUUCCCCCAUCAUCAGCAACGCCCACCCUCCUACCAACAUAACGUGGGGAAACGGAGUCGUCGUCACAACACUCAUGCACCCACGUCGACGCUGUCAUGCAAGUCAACUUCUUUCUCUUCUCUUGGUGGAUCGAUACACUCGGAAAUGCCACCGCCCACAAACGCGUUCAGCGCAAGCCCACCACCUAUUGCAACCGUUGCUCAGCUGGGGAAUUCCGUACCCCAGGUUCUUUCUUCAUCGUCGGCAGGGUCAUCUACUGAGGAGCCUUCUUUGAUUGUUGGCACAGGCGGUAUCGCGACUGCCUCGACGACCACUUCCACCGCCAACGCCUCUCCAACCAGCCAAUCAGACAAUGCGGUCGUUUAA